ACGAUAACACGAACAUUUACACAUGUUUUGCACUACACUAUGAGAGCUGUUUUUGUCUUUGUAUUUGCAGCUAUAAUUUUAGGCGCUUCAGGAAGAUGUAGAUUUUCAAAAUACGGAUGGUAUGUUGAUGACGAUGGAGAUUUCAAGACUGGUAAAUACUAUGUCUACGUUUACUGCAGUGGUCGCUGUGACUAUGAACUCAAGACUUGUGACUAUGUGUACCACAUUGCAAAUAGUCUGAGUACUGGGGCAAUUAUAGGCAUAGUCAUUGGCAGUUUAGCUGGCCUGGCAGUAUUGGUCACUAUUUGUAUAGUAGUGGCUUGCGUUUGUGCUCGGCAACGUAGAAGUCCAGGUCAAGUUAUUUAUACCAGUCGUCCUGGAAACACAGCUGUCGCAUACAGCAAUACCACAAUGCAAUAUCCAGCUGGAGUACAACAGCCUGUUUAUACAGUUUCUACAAUGAAUGAAAACAUCAAACCCCAGUAGUAGAGAGUGGCUGAAAAAUGAUCAAAACAUCAUACAAGGAUUAAAUCGAAUAAAAAGACUUAUCGUCUUUAAAAUAUGCAAACAAGACCUUACCUCAUUUUAUACAUGUUAAUGAUACUGUAUUGUCUGUUGCUUGUGUGUUCAAACGAAAACCUACUGAAAGAAAACUCUGUAUAUUAGUCAGAAGGUGGACGUUACAAAAUCAUUGUGUGAAUCAUACAGAAAAACUCUCUAUAUAAUACUUGUAUGUGUGAAUUUAAUCUAUAUGUGGAAGUUAACAUUUAUUUCUAAUGCAAAUACAAUUAUACAUAAUUCU